AGGGACGUUAGAUACACGUUUUUAAAGCAACUUGUACGCGAACGUGCAGAAUUAGGAUCCUCUGUGGAUUAGUUCUACCAUUUGUACUGUUUUUUUGGAUUAAGGAUAAAGGGAAUAAAACACUGUUGUGUUCUUAUUACAGCAGUUAAAAGCAGAGUACCAUAUACCUCUGGGUACAUAAGUCUAACGAGAGCAUUAUGGAUGGGACUACGAGCCGACACUUCUGUAAGGGAGUCGCGAUCAAAGGAGAAGCCUAAAGGUGGUGGAGUUUUGCCAUUCACACCCCAUCGAGAUUCCCUGUCUAAAAUGACUCAUCGUAUAUACUGUAUGGAUCACCAGUCUAACAGUCUUACUGAAAUAGAAUUUGAGGACAUUUGUGAAGAAACUCUGGAUUCAUUGACAGAAUUCUUUGAAGAUCUUGGAGAUAACGAUGACUAUUUUAAGCAUGAGGAUUAUGAUGUGCAGUUUUCCAGUGGUGUCUUAACAAUUCAACUAGGUGGAGAGCUUGGGACAUAUGUUAUCAACAAACAAACACCAAAUAAACAAAUAUGGCUGUCUUCACCAACCAGUGGCCCCAAAAGAUUUAACUAUACAGAUGGUACAUGGCUAUAUAGACACACUGGAGAGACCCUACAUGGACUUCUAUCUAGUGAACUCACAAUAGCACUAAACACUGACAUAAACCUUGACAAUUGUGCAAACUCGACGAGGCAAUCAUAG